CUAGUCGUAUUUUGCGUAACGAUAUUUUACACUGAUUUUGGAAAGGUUGGCAAGCAAAAACCGAUCACGAUCAAGCACAAUAAACGUCAUUAAUGUUUUUUGAAAAGAAUCUUUUUGACAAUAUUUACUUUUAUCAUAGUAAUCUUUUUUAUACAAAUUUGAUAGUGCAGAUGACAUUUUGCGCUAAGAUAAUAGUUCCUCAGACAAAACAACAGCAAAGGAAACAAAAUUGCUUAUAAUUCUAAAGACGAGACCAUCAACACUAUUACGACAAUGCUGGAGGGUAAAGUUCUGUCGCGACAUCGACGGAAGAUCGAUGCAGCCGCACCCGAUUCGCCGCAGAAAAUGGCAAUUCCAACCAGUAGAAACUUCGCCAGCUGCUACAUAGAAUUGUGCAAGCAACAACGUCUGCGACCCUUGCCAGUAAUUUGCGUGACUUUGCCGCAUAGCCUGGAUUUCACUACUGAUCGCGUCAAAAUAGACGACUGGGGACCAAUUUUAAAUUCUCUUUCCCUUGAUCGAUCGCUUAAAUCGAUCAGCGUGCACAGCAGAUACCAAUGUCGCAAACUGUUGGAAGAAGUAAAUUCUGAAGAUAAAGUGCGAGCGAUAAAUAAAGCUCCGGUGGUCCUCACGCGGUACUUGUUAGAGUGGCUGUCGCAAAGCGUCGGUCAGUGCAUAAGAAACUCGUCUAGCCUCACACAUUUAGAACUCGAAGGCAUUCCGUUUCCACCGGACUGCAUCGCAGUACUUUGCGUCGGUUUGUCGAGAACUGAAACUUUGCACCAUUUGUCUCUUCGACGUUGCUAUAUUGGCGACACCGGUUGCGAGCUAAUUUGUCAAACAAUAGCAGAUAUUCGUAGUAUAAAAACGUUGAAUCUUAGCUACUGCAAUCUAACAUCUACUUCCGGCAACGCGUUAGCAUCCGCGCUCUCUAGACAAAAACUGGCAUUAUAUCAUGACACGUGGAAACAGUCAUUAAGGUAUCGCGAUGCCAACUUUGAGACAAUGCCAGGACUACGCCGAUUGACCUUGAAUGACAAUCCACAUUUAGGCAACUGCGCAGUGAAAGAGGUGAUCGAAGCGAUACGUGACAGUUUAUGGAUGAAAGCGCUAGAUCUCCAACAUUGUGGCUUAACAGAUCAGAUUGGCACAGAUCUAUUAAAUUUACUGGAUCAGAACAACACACUUGCUGUGCUCGAUGUGCGAAAGAACACGAAUUUAAACGAAGAACUUGCAGUAGAGAUCAUGAAGAAAUUGGAAGAAAAUGUCGAAGAGAAGUCAGAUUAUAAAUGGCUAGGAUUAGCGCCGAAGGACCAGAGAAUUGCUUCAACUGACAUUCAAAAAGAUAGCAAAAAAGAAGACGCUACCAAGAUCUCUAGAUCACGAAGUGCGUUCAUCCGAUACACAAGAAGACCAUUUCUGGCAAUACCUAUAAGAAGAACAGUUCCACUGCCAAUUCUACGGACAAAAAUCAAAUCGGAUUUGCCGUCAUUUCACGAUGUUAUUCAGCAACGCAAUUUACGACCACGAACAAUGGAUACCAUACAACCGACGUCUAAGAUUUCUCUUCAUCUAGAUCUUCAAUCUCAUAUACAAUCCACAAAUCAUGCCAGUCAUGAAAACGCAGUACAAUAUUCCACGGAAACUAGUUUAAAAAGUCUCGAUUCAAGCAAAGUGGACGUCGGCACACAAAGUCAACACGAUGAAUCAGAAGAGAUUCAUAAUAUUUUAGAACAACUAACAAAAGCUCAAGAAGAACAAGACAAGCUCCUCGAAAAAACUAAAUAUACCGAUCGUAUGCUCAUCGAAGAGCGAACACGGCGCGAAACCGCCGAGAUAAAUCUACGCUUAGCGCAAAACAAUAUAGUUGAAAUGGAAAACGCUCUGACAAAAAAAGAAAACGAGACCAGAGAUUAUUUAUUGAUCAGUCAACAGUCUUUAAAUGAGAUAUGCUUGUCUUUCGAUCGUCUUCUGCAGCUAUUGGAAAACGUUGUCUCUAAUUAUCCUUUUGACAAAACGCAAAACACGCAGCGGAUAACGACGAGCGCGGACAUCAAACAGCAUCUUGCAUCUGUUAUCAAACAGACUAAGUCAGAAAAUCUGAAGCGAAGCUAUAAAGUGAAUAUUAAGGUACCGAGAUACAGCGUCAUAGACAGCGCGCGGAAAUUUGUUAAGUCCGAGAGUGAUGUCAGAUCAACUCUGCCGAUCUCGACGAUUCAUCUUGAGAGAAAGAUCGGUGAAUAUCCAGAUGAAAAUGACUCACGCUAUAGACAUUGCGAUACCAACAAGCCGAUAUCGCCUAGCGAUCGUGCCCGAGCAAUUUUCGCUGGAAUUGUCACCAGCGAAACCAUGCUUCACUUUUAUUAAUCGAUCAAUAUGUUCGGCGAGUUCAGUGAACGUCUGCAAACAGUAUGAUAAAAAGAGAAAUAUGUAUAUAUGCAAAAAUAUGUGUAUAUGCAGAAAAUGUACACAGAUUUUGUGCACAUACAUAUUAUACACACACAUAUGUUCACGUGCAUGGUAUACGCGCACGUUAUCUUUUUUUUAUAAACUAUUUUAUUAUAUCACAUUAAAACUGUUACAAUAUUUCGGUAUUAGUUUUUUUAUAUCUCAAUAUAUUUCAAUAUAUGUGUGUGUGUAUGUAUGUAGGUACAAUGUAUUUCGAACAUUCAAGAUACAUAAAAAUGUAUAAAACAUCUUUUUAGGUGUUUGUUAUAGACGUUUGGCGUACUUUUGUAUUUUAUCUAAAAAGUGAAUAUUGUGUGUCAAAACUUUUCAAUGUCUACAAUUUAAGACUAAUGGCAAAUAUAAACAUCAAUUGUGCAAAUUUGGUUGCACUAUUCCAGCACUUGAAAGCUUACAAGAAACACUUACAAAAUUGAGCGAAAGAAAGAACUAUAAAAUUGAAACAAAAAUAAAGUGAAAGGUUUAACAUUAUUCGAGAUAUUGCUACAUGGAAUUGCAACCGAGCUCGCGAAAUUAUCUCAGUUGUACAAUUUUGUCACACAUAUACUGAAAAUUUUGAAUAAUCAGAAAUGUAGGAUACAUAUUACUUGUGGAAUAAACAGCUAUUACAAAAGUAAUCAAAUACACAAAGUAUGUACUUUGCUUUUGUAACAGUAUAUAAUGUAAUAAUUCGCUGAGAAUUCCGCGCUUCUGAACUGCUCCGAGACAUUGGCUGUUUUAAUGUUCAUCCUUCAGGUUUCUAUAAAUUUUCCAUUACUCUUUCAAUCUAGACAACCGGUUAUCUGAUAAACGCUACAUUUAUUCGGUCUGCCAGUCAAAGGUAAUUUUUCAUGAUAGGUCACGCUCGGCAUGUCGCUCACGAUGGCGAAAGCUAAACCUAGUGUGCAACACAAGAUCAAACGUGCCAACAACGAUGGCAUCUCGUUGCUCCUGUCGCUUCACUUGUCGAUAAGUGACUGUAUUGAUCGUCGUCUCCGUCAUUGGUUAUUAAUCGACUGUGUCUAAGUUGAAAUUUCAUAGAUUCAUAGAGCUUUGUGACGCCACUUACAAGUUUGCACCUGCAGUUAACACUUUUGCCCUUUCGAUGUAUUAGUCUUAUUACUAUCGAUUUGCGAACAAGAGUGUCUCACUUGUUGUUACUUAAU